GAAAGUGGGCAAGGGAGAACCGGUAAAUAACCAUGAGUCAAUCCUGAAGCCGGUCAGGUAGGAAUUUCUGUCUGUGAUAGUCUCAGUCCACUAACGACGCUGUCAUGUCGGAUGUCGGUGAGAGCAGCUGGCGCCAAGCUGAAGAACAUGACGGCACAGAAAGCGAAGAAGUCCACGAGUCUGUGUGGGGGGCACGUGACCCUGCGCUGACAGUCCCUCAGGGGCUCUGGACCGCACAUCACGAGCAGACGAGGAAAAGGCUGGUGCUACAUGUUGACCUAAACAACACCAUACUGGUGUCGGACGCCGUGACGUGUCAGGGGACUUUGGCUGCUCUGGACUACUUUCUGACCACUGUCACUUGGGGGAAGAAGAACAAACACGGAACCUGGGAGUGGUUGAGUGACUCACCCUCACUGCUUCCACCCUGCAGCGAGGCUGUAAGCUACUACUCCCAGUUUGGACGGAUUCCUGGUUUCACCUCUGGUGCUGGCCGUCGCUUCCGUAAGGUUCUGGAUGAGCACCUGGACCUGCUCUGCUGGCCUGAUGGGGUAAAGGCAGACAGAGACCUGUCUGUAAAAGGAGAAGACGGACGCCUGUACCACUGGAUCCUCCCGUCCUUCUUCCAGCUGCUCAGAGAUCUAUCACAGGAAGGUCGUGAGUUUGCCAUCGUCUUCCGUACGUUUGGAACCGACCUACCUCGUGUGCUAAAAGCCGUAUCCCGAGCACUCGACGGGGCACACCCGCUGUUCCCUGAUCUGCCUCAGCUAAAGCUGAGCGUGGCUGUGACUCCAGGCAAGAUCCGCUGCAGCAAGAAGGGAAUCGUCCUGAAUCGAGCCGAGGAGCGGGUGUCCUCUCGCGAUGGAGAGAGAGGCCUGUACGAGUACUUCAGCUCCGUGCAGGGUCUGGGAGGAUUUCAGGACCACUUUGACUGGUGGGCUGCUAAUUCCUUCUCCAUCCGUGGGGGGAAACCAAUGUGGGUCGACCCCUUUGACAAGCACGUACAGCACAUCUUUAUAGAUGACAACAUACGACAGAAUGAUGAGGAUACUAUAGUUAACCCGAAGGUGUUUCUGGACCCGGGUGGCUCAGACACUCGUAUAGCCUGCACCUCUGAGCUGUACGAUAUCACCUUGAUCCAAACCGACCUCCUCCGGGCCAUUUCUGACCCCAGCUACUUCACUCAGCGUGUCCACAUCUGUCUGGAAAACUAUGAGAAGAAUGUCCAGCAGGGGGCAACCUAGAACACACUUCAAACUUUGCAUACUUCCUUUACAGUACAUCAGUUUGUCUGUGAGACAACCUGCAGUGCAGACAGGAUUAACAGGCAGGCGGGACUAUUACACACCAAAGCAGAAGACUUGCUCAAAGUCUAAAGUUCAUCCAAACACAAAUAUUAAGUGGUUACAUGAAGAAACAAGUUACAUGGACAGGUGGACAUAGAAAAAAGCGGCAGCUAUGUAAACAGGACUGCAAUUCAUUAAACGGUUUAAAUACCACAUAUCCUUGAUUAAAAAAGGAUAACUGUGUAAACACGGAGCACUUCAGUGAGAUUGCACUGUCUGCUGUCCUAAAGUGAACUGGGACCCAAGUUUUUGACCCAGUUGAGCACUGAAUUGGCCGGGCUGGACUCUUUAAUUACACCGACAGCUCUGUGACUAAUCACUCCACGGUAUAAUUGGCCAAACUCUCAAAAUUUGGAGGCAGACAGAAUAAUUGGUGUCAGAUAUGGAGAAAAGCUCUUCAGCUCUUAUUUUAGUUGUGGGUUUUGCUUCAGCUCCCUUUUUCUUUCUUGGGGCGUUGUUUACGUCCACUCAGAACCCAGCGGAAAUACUUGAAUAUUUUCAGGUGACUGAAGCAUCUGAUUACUGAGUAUGUGUUACUUCUGAAUGCACUGCAGUCAUAAAGUAACUCUUUGUGACAGUUGGCUCAAACUUUGAGCUGUAACCUGGUUCAAUAUUGCUGUCUUGCUGUCAAAAGUCACCAUAAUAGAUGUAGAAGAGUACAUAUCGUGCUCCUGAUCGGAUCCGGUGUCUAUGGAGCGCUCAAUAAAGCAGGUCUUUUUUUAUAGCAUAUUUUCACCAAUGUUUUCCUUGCUGAUGAAUACACUAAUAAGAAAAGUUUGGAGAGAAAGCUUUGGUCACUGUGAUAACGUAUAAGAAGAUAAUAAGAAGAAUAAGAAGAUAAUAAUAAGAAGAAAAAAGAAAAUGCAUCAUUUUCUGCUUUGUAAUGUUAAAAACCAGGUUUUGGUUGGCACAUAUUGGAUAUAGCAUUUAAUAUGCCGCUAACAGCCAAUAAUAUCAGCUGACUUUUAUCAGUCAGGGUCUAAAUCACAUGUAUACUCUCUGGAAAAUCACUCCGACAGUAACUACUACUAAAAAUACUCUCCAGUUAUCAAGUUUUAACAUUAUUUAAAAAGUUUUUAUUUAAAAUGAUGUAAAUUAAAGGUAUUUUAUUUAUUGAAGAUGGGAUUCCAUCCAAAUGUAGUGCACAUGUUUGCAAUAUUUAGAGAAAAUCAGCUAAAUAAAUGCGCUAUUUAGUGUUAAACCAGUUUAGAAGAACAGGAAUUUUCCUUCCUUUUUUUUUUUUUUUUUUUUUUUUACUUUGAGGAAGCUAAAAUGAUCUCAUAGCUCAGCACACAUCAGAUCAUUUCAGCUGCCAUGUUGGUUUCAGCGGACACUGAAUUCAUGUUUCCACUGAACACUGGGGCAUUUUUAAAUUUUAUUUCAAAGUGCCAGUUAACACAUGCUUAAAGACCAUGCUUAAACCUGAGUAAUUUAUUUAUUCAUACAAAGCAAACUGAUUUGUACUUUAAUCACAACACUGAACCUUUCAGUAACUUGUGUAAGUUGAACCAUUAGGUCACUGGACGUGUGAAAACCACUGACAAAUGCAGUCAAAUAUUGCAUUGAUUCAUACAUUUGUAUUUUUUGAUGGAGGCACCAAAACUUCAACAUUAAAUCUAGUAAAAACAAAGCCAACACAGCUGUGAACAACUGAGUACUGAGGUGAAAUUCCCAAGGUUUGACUAUUGUUAAAGGAGAUGCUCCCAUUGAUGUUCAAUAAAAUGCUAAUGCUUUUAAUUUUCACGUGUUAGCAAGUGUUUUUUUUUGCACAGCAAAAUAAGACAACCUUUGGUGUAAUACAAACAAAUGCAUUCACAUAGCACUGCAGCUUUCAAUGUACCGAUAUCAUCAACAUUAUAUAACCAAAUCCAUA